AUUAUAUACACAAAAGCGAAAUCUCCACGAGCACAUUAGUGUACAGCACUACCCGGGUUGGCAGGUCUGGGGCUGACGUUCCGUACUAUCCCGGCUUUUCUUCUUCUCAAGCUCCUGACCAGCAGUAUUCAGCGGAUCUAGUGUUCUUUCAUUACCACGGACAAUACUCGGACAUUACAUCGCUUUUUGUUUGCCUGUGCUUGACCUCUUCGCCUCUUAGACUUUCGUAGAAACGCUACAAGCGGCCGCGUUGCUGUAGGUAGACUGCAAUAUGUUUUACAGCAAGUCAAGACCACAGCAUGCGGCCCGCUCGAACGCUGCCCAGGGGCAGCAAAAUGAAAAGCCUAAAGUGCCUGAGCUUGAGGAGUUCCUGACGAAGCGUGACUACCUCGGCGCAAUCGCCCUGCUUUCUUUUAGACGCCAUGCAAACCGCAACGACGUAAAGAACUUAGAGUGGUUAGCUUACUGCUAUUUCCACUAUGGAGAGCACGACAAGGCGCUGGCAAUCUACAAGGAGCUCCUUACACACGAUGACCCGGACCCUAUGUACUACGUGUACUCAGCGGCUUGCCACUACUACAUGGGCAUGUACAAGGAGGCUGAGGACAUAGCGCAGCAGGGACCCAAGUGCCCGCUGCAGACGCGCAUCUUGUUCCACAGCGCGCAGCGGCAGGGCAAUGACGACAAGCUCAUGGCCUACCACGGCCAGCUCACUGACUCCAUAGAGGACCAGCUCACGCUGGCUUCCAUCCACUACCAGCGCAGCCACUUCCAGGAGGCUACGGACAUCUACAAGCGGCUGCUGCUGGAGCACCGGGACUACCUGGCACUCAAUGUGUACGUAGCGCUGUGCUACUGCAAGCUGGACUACUACGACGUGAGCCUGGAGAUCCUGGGGGUCUACCUAAACGCAUUCCAGGACAGCGCCAUCGCGGUCAACCUCAAGGCCUGCAACCACUUCCGCAUGUACAACGGCAAGGCCGCGGAGGCGGAGCUCAAGACGCUGGCGGAGCUGAGCGGCGGGCAGCACCUGGACCACGACCUCAUCCGCCACAACCUGGUGGUGUUCCGGGGCGGGGAGAACGCGCUGCAGGUGGGUGGGCAUGGUGGUGUUCCGGGGCGGGGAGAACGCGCUGCAGGUGGGUGGGCAUGGUGGUGUUCCGGGGCGGGGAGAACGCGCUGCAGGUGGGUGGGCAUGGUGGUGUUCCGGGGCGGGGAGAACGCGCUGCAGGUGCUCCCCCCGCUGGGCGACAUCCCUCCCGAGGCGCGUCUCAACCUGGUGAUCCACCACCUGCGGCACCACGAGAUCGGCGAGGCGUACGGACUGAUCAAGGACAUGGAGCCCUCCACACCGCCAGAGUUCAUACUCAAGGCCGUCGUGCACGCCAUGCUGGGCCAGGCCAAGGGCGACCCCGAGCACCUCAAGAAGGCGCAGCAGUACUACCAGCUGGUGGGCGCCUCCGCCUCCGAGUGCGACACCAUCCCCGGCCGCCAGUGCAUGGCCUCCUGCUUCUUCCUGCUCAAGCAGUUUGAGGACGUGCUGGUGUUCCUGUCGUCCAUCAAGACCUACUUCCUCAACGACGACGACUUCAACUGGAACAUGGGCAUCGCCAAGGCCGCCACCGGGAAGUACAAGGAGGCGGAGGAGACGCUGCUGCAGAUCCAGAACGACAAGUACAGGAACGAGUACUGCUACCUCUCCUGGCUGGCCCGCUGCUACAUCAUGAACGGCAAGAGCCGGAUGGCCUGGGACCUGUACCUGCGCCUGGAGACCAACGACGAGUCCUACCAGCUGCUGCAGCUCAUCGCAAACGACUGCUACAAGAUGGGAGCAUUCUACUUCGCAUGCAAGGCGUUCGACGUGUUGGAGCGGCUGGACCCCGCCCCCGAGUACCUGGAGGGCAAGAAGGGCGCCGCGUGCGGGGCCUUCCAGAUGAUCGUGGCGGCCAAGGAGCCCAAGGACACGCUGCGCGACAUCGUGACGCUGCUCCGCGGCAACAACAGCGCCGACCAGUGCGAGCCCAUCGUGGCGGUGAUGCGCAAGUGGGCCAAGAACAACGGAGUCAAGCUGUGAGGAGGAGGAUGGGUGGAAGGGGGGACAAAGACCAUACCAAACCAUAGGCGUGCGGAGGCUUGUGAGAUGGGCGGUACGCAGUGUUGAGGGGUGGGGCGUAUGCUGUAGGAGGAGGGAGGGGGCGCAGAGGAGGAGGAGACGUGGCAGGGCAUGAUAGUGUGAGAGUUUGUUCGAGGGUGUCAGAACUGGAGGUGAUGUGUGGACGACCCAUUUAUUGCCCAUGUGUACAUACGAUGUAGCUACUGUGGUUUCGACGUGGUUAGGGGCGGCUGCUGUGACCUUACUAGUUUCUUGUGCAUGUGAUAGGAGACGCGGUUAACGCGCUGUGCAUGUGAUAGGAGACGCGGUUAACGCGCUGUGCGGAGUGUAUGUAUUCCUGGCAACUGCCACCUUAGCUAUUAAGCGGUGGGGCUCCAGACCAACCGUGACGAUAGUUUGACUGCGUUAGGGGAUGGGACUUGGGGGAGAGCUAUGUUAAUGAUGUGAAGCCUGGACCGAAAUGUCCUCGGCAUAGGGGCUUAGGUGCGUGCAGCUGAGGGUGGUGUGGCCGCCGUACAGAACAAUCUGAGCGCGUAGCGCUUUGCGCAAUGCGUCUGCAGGCGUUGUGGAC